CUCUAAAAAGAAAUGACCAAAGAGAAAUAUCACCUAUUGAGGCAUUUCUUCAAACAACUGGUGAAUAGUUUGAUGGAUUGGUUCUAAGAACAGAACAUGUUAUGUUGUAAGUAUCCAGGAUGACGACUGGCAUGGUGACUGCAAUACUCGAAGACUCGGUUGUGAUUGAUAAUGGAGUUUUCCAACUGACGCUGUCAAAUCCAGGAGGAAUUAUCAGGGGCAUACAGUAUCAUGGAAUUGAAAAUUUGCUAGAACUUAACAACAAAGACCUGAAUGGCGGGUACCUGACAUUCUUGUUGUUCAAACUGUUUUGGGACCUUAAUUGGAGUGAAGCAGGGAGUACCAAAACGAGGGGAAAAUUUGAUACAAUUGAAGGGACAAGCUUGAGAGUUAUUGUAGAAACUGAGGAGCAAGUAGAGCUUUCGUUCACAAGAACAUGGGAUCCAUCAGUCCAAGGAGAACAAGCUCCUUUAACUAUAGACAGGAGGUUUGUGAUGCUUCGAGGAUCAACAGGAUUCUACUCUUAUGCCAUUUUUGAACAUUCAGAGGACUUUCCUGGUUUCAACCUUAACACCACAAGGAUUGCAUUCAUGCUCAGAAAAGACAAGUUUCAUUACAUGGCCAUAGCAGAUGACAGGCAAAGAUAUAUGCCCCUGCCAGAUGAUCGGUUACCAGGAAGAGGUCAACAGCUGGCUUACCCAGAAGCAGUUCUCCUUGUUGAUCCCGUGGAGCCCGAAUUUAAAGGAGAAGUGGAUGACAAAUACCAAUACUCAUGUGAGAACAAAGAUAAUCAGGUGCAUGGAUGGAUAUGUUUUGACCCGCCUGUGGGUUUUUGGCAAAUUACACCAAGCAAUGAAUUCCGUAAUGGAGGACCCUUCAAACAAGACCUGACCUCCCACGUGAAUCCUACCACCCUUGCGAUAUUUGUUACAUCGCAUUACGCAGGAGAGGAUCUGAUACUAAAAUUUCAACCUGGAGAAAUAUGGAAGAAAGUUUUUGGCCCAGUUUUUAUCUAUCUCAAUUCUGUGUCAGAUGCAAAUGAUGCAUUUUCACUUUGGUCCGAUGCCAAAGAACAGAUGAAGAAAGAAGUGGAGUCAUGGCCCUACAGUUUUGUAGCCUCAGAUGAUUUUCCUAACUCUAAUCAGAGGGGUGCAGUAAGGGGUAAAAUGCUUGUACAUGACAGGUGUAUUAGCAAAGAUGCUAUACCGGCUAAAGCAGCCUAUGUUGGCUUGGCCCCUCCAGGAGAUGAUGGAUCUUGGCAAAGAGAAUCUAAGGGGUAUCAAUUUUGGACUACUGCUGAUGAAAAUGGCUACUUUGCCAUUAAUGAUAUACGUACUGCUGACUAUAAUCUGUAUGCAUGGGUGCCUGGGUUUAUUGGAGAUUACAAGUGCGAAAUAGUAUUAACCAUAACUCCAGGUUGUGACAUUGAUGUUGGUGAGCUUACAUAUGAGCCUCCAAGAAAUGGUCCCACAUUGUGGGAAAUUGGCAUCCCAGAUCGUACUGCUGCUGAAUUUUAUGUUCCAGAUCCCAACCCAAUGUACAUCAAUAAACUAUAUGUAAAUCAUCCAGACAGGUUUAGACAAUAUGGAUUAUGGGAAAGAUAUACUGAUUUAUAUCCAGAUAAAGAUUUAGUAUACACCGUGGGUGUCAGUGACUAUAGAAAAGAUUGGUUCUACGCUCAGGUUACAAGGAGAAUUGGUGACAAUUCAUACAAGAGCACAACAUGGCAAAUAAAAUUCAACAUUAUCACUGUGGAUGAAGGUGGAACCUACACAUUGCGGUUGGCACUUGCAUCGGCCCACAAUUCUGAGUUACAGGUCCGGGUCAAUGAUUCUGAUGCUGAUCCUCCCUUAUUUUCAACUGGGGUAAUUGGAGCAGACAAUGCAAUUGCUAGGCAUGGAAUUCAUGGCAUAUAUUGGUUGUUUAAUGUGGAUAUACCAGCUGCUCAACUCAUGCAGGGGGAAAAUACCAUAUAUCUAACACAAGCAAAGAGUAGUAGCCCCUUCCAAGGUAUUAUGUAUGACUACCUUCGUCUGGAAGGUCCAUCACCCAUUAAUUCCUACACUUGAAGGGACUUAUAUAGGUUGUUAGAAUGUUGCAAAUUCAUUCAAAAAUACCCUCUCCACUGAUGGGAUGAGCUGUGUAAGUACUAUAUUUCAUUUAAGCAUCCUAUUUCGUAUA